AUUUUAUCAUAUAAAAGAAAAAAGAAAAAACUUAUCACACAAUCAUUAUCAAAUCAGCUAACACUACAACAUCUAACUGCAAUACCACUGUUACAGCUAGCUGAAAUUGAGCAGUUAAUUAAUUCGCAAUUAAUUAGAUCAGAAUAUUCACAGCUAAUUACAUCAUCACAAUUUAUAAGAGAAUUAUUAAAUUCUACAUUAUGGGAUCAAUGGUUAUGCAUAUUAGCUAAAUUAUUAACACCAAAUCAAUGGCAAUUGUAUUGGAUGAAUUAUUUGAUGCAAUUUGGUACAGUUGGCUUACCGCAACAUUUAAUUAACUUUUUUGCAACUGCCACUACAACUGCAAAUUUAAAUUUCACAUCUAAUUCAGUGCUAGCAUUAGAAAUGAUGAAAGAAGCUAAUUGGAUGCAUUUACAACAACAAUUUUAUGGUAUGUACUUUUUGUUGUUUACUUUAUUUUUUUAA